AUGAACGGACGUACCUAUUUUGCCUCGUCCAGCGAAGACGAGUUCCCUGAUCUGGACGUAAUCUUCCAGAGGAGUAAACAGAUCAAGCGCCAGGCGAAAACACCGCAACAGGAGCCUGUUAUCGACAGCUAUGAUCUUCCGAGACGCACCGGGAAAACGACCGAACCAAGAAAAAGUGAGGGAGAUGAGCUCGAUUUGAAGAAGCAGAAGCAGAACAAUUCGAAACCCUCGUCGACAGCGCGGCGUCGCAGGCUUGGCCAGCAAUCGGACAACCCGCUUCUGAAGCGAUUCGGGACCUGUCGAGCGAACGAGGGACAAAAUGUGCUGGAGGUCAAGACACAGACGAAGAGAACAACUAGCGUAAAGGUGCGUGAGCUGCGAGCUCGGGACCAGGUCACAUCACCGGCGAAGCCCCUUGUCGAGGCAACGGAAGAAUGCUCAGAAGAUAGCACCAAUGACGCGACCGAGAUCACCGAGGCUGAUAUCUCAGAAUUUUUUUACGACGCCCUCUCUGAGAUUGAGGAUGAUGACGACACGCCAUCCCAAUUUGACCGAGAAGAGCCAGCUCCCAAAAGUCGCCCCCGGGCGGUUCGAAGUGAGGAGGGCAGCUCAAAGGCAAAAGAUCUUCUAGCGUCCAGAAGCACACCAGAUGCCGAGAUGCUAAAACCAAAGCCUUUCAGCGGCGACAGACCUCGGCGAGGAGCUUCAAGCAAGGAGAGCAGUGUCGACAAAACCUUGGUCAGGGGAAAGACAUGGCCAAAGUCGACUGUGAUCGACUUGACAGACGACGUGACCGACUCCCUGCGUCGCCUUGAUCUUGACAGUACACGGUCAAGGAAACAAGACACGAAGAACAAAAGCAGAGACGCCCCGCAGGCAACACCGCCAUCAACACCGCCCAAGUUGACUAGCAAAACUUUGCUCUCCCCCAAGAAGCUUCCUGCCAUCCCAAAGACCCCCCACGGACCCAGCAUGGACCUGUUCUGGAGCCAAGAGUUUGUUGACGAAUGGAACGAGGAGCACUCCCCGAAAAAGCUCAUACUGCCACCCGCGCAGAAGAGCCCAACGAAGAGCGCUGCAAAAGCCAAAACGAACAAAACAGAAGCAGCGAAGCAGAAAGAAACGAAGAAGUCGUUUGAGAAGACGAAACACGACUUGGCACAGGCAUUCUUGCGUGAACUUGACGACAACAUCACGCAGGGCAAGCUACAGUCCCUGGCUGAAUCCACAGGAGGAGUUCAGAUUAAGUGGUCAGCCAAGCUCAACACCACCGCUGGUAGAGCGAACUGGCGACGGGAGACUGUUCGCAAAGUAGCCGAUGGCAUCGAACAGUCCGUUACUCAUCGUCACCACGCCUCUAUCGAGCUUGCCGAGAAGGUUAUCGACGACGAGAACCGUCUUCUCAACGUCGUCGCCCACGAGUUCUGUCAUCUGGCAAACUUCAUGGUCAACGGCAUCACAGGCAAUCCGCAUGGCAAAGAAUUCAAGAUCUGGGCGGCCAAAUGCUCGCAAACCUUUGGAGACAGGGGCAUCGAGGUCACGACCAAGCACUCGUACGAAAUCGACUUCAAGUACAUAUGGGAGUGUGCCGAGUGUGGGUUGGAAUACAAACGUCACUCCAAAAGCAUCAAUCCGGAGCGCCACCGAUGCGGCUCCUGCAAGGCUCAGCUGAAGCAGACAAAACCCGAGCCACGAGCAGCGGCGAAGCCAUCCGAAUACCAACAAUUCUUGAAAGAGCAGAUGAAGAUAGUCAAGCAAGAGCACCCUAAAAGCCCGCAAAAGGAGGUCAUGAAGAUCAUCGCCGAUCGAUGGGCGAAGCGAGGUGGGAGCAAUCGUGCAACCCCUGAGACGGAAAGCGCGGAGGCGAGUAUUGAUAACGUCGGAGCUCGCCUCAAUAGUAUCAAGCUCUGA